AGGAAAGGGUGCUUCCUCUUUAGUCUGAAUAGAGCUGAGGUAUCCCAGCAGCCCUGCUGUGGCGACAGGAAACCUUAUAAAAAGCUGCAUCGUAGGGGGAACCCUCCUAAGUGCCUCUUAGACACAGCAUGACCAGGACCAAGAGCCUGAGAGUGUGGACUUAACAAAACAAUGCCCAGCAUAAAAGCCAAACCACCCAGCACACAUCACUUCAUCAUGGACCGAGAUGACAGGAACAGAAACAAUACCAUUGGCAAGAACUUUAUGUGCCGACUCCAGUGCAUGUUCUCACAGUCGCCUCAAUGCUCAGAGAGGCUAAGUUUAGAAGAUACCCAACAAUGGUCACAGUCUCUUGAAAGGCUCCUUGAAUCUAAAUAUGGCCUGGCUACCUUUCGUAACUUCCUAAAAUCAGAAUAUAGUGAUGAGAAUAUUGAAUUUUGGCUCACUUGUGAGGACUACAAGAAGAUUAAGUCUUCAUUUCGAAUGUCUUCAAGAGCUAAGAAGAUUUAUGAACAGUUCAUCAAAGCAGAAUCACCUAAAGAGAUCAACAUUGACUAUCACACUCGAGAGCAGAUCAAAAGGAACGUCAAGACUCCCACCAUGUACAGCUUUGACGAAGCUCAGAAGAUAGUUUACGGGCUGAUGGAAAGAGACUCGUACCCGCGGUUCCUCCGCUCGGACGUUUAUAGAACACUCCUGGAAAGCCUCGCUGCUGACGCCACGAAGGGAUGAAAGCACAGUCAGGAGGAGAGAGGAAGGAGAAGAAAACCCAUAACUGGAAUGUUUGAGGCUCCUUCAAAAGGAGGAACUGACAACAAACAGGAAGGAAGGUCAUCCAGUGUGGCACUAGGACACAAACAGAGGCCCGCGCACCUUGGUGAUGCCACUCCUGUUCUACACUAAAAAAGGAGAGGAUCUCUACAUUAAGCACCGCACACCUGAGGACUUUUUUGAAGCAAAUAUUCAGAAUAAUGACCAUAUAGAAUCUUGUCACUGCAUAAAGAUUGUGCAGGACAACUGAACGCCUUUGACACUGAGUGAAUUAGCAAGAUGACGGACUUCCACUCUGACAGCAGAGCUGAGUAAGAAAAGCAUUCAAUAGAUGCUCUCUAACCUAUUUUGGAGAGGUGUUUUCUUUGCAGAUAGAAGAUAUAGGAUACAACAGUCACAACUGAUGAACUCCCACUCUCUCACUCAGGUGUGAGACAGAAAUAGAGACAAAGUGAAAAUUAAUAGAGGUAGAAGUUUAUGAUGGCACUUAAAUACUAUUUGCUCAGAAUAAGCUGUUGCCAAAGAACUGGUUAAUAAUCAAAUCAUAGCACUAAGGACAUAAAAUCCAUCGCAGACUGAGGAUUAAAUACUGAUCUAUCCUUUUUAGUGAAAACUCUUUUAAAACAUCUUAAUUUCUUUAAACUAAGUUGGAUUUAAAUGCAUGUAUAUUUUUCUAGAACAAAGGCAGCCCAUGGAGGAGUUUUUUCCUCGUUGUUUAAGGUUGAGUGUUUUCAGACUACAUUUUGCGAGUACUUUCAUUAAAUUUAAAUCCAAUUUAAAAUAAUAUAUAUAAAUAAAACAAAUUAUGCACAUUUUUUAAGUUCUUUGUGAAAUCUUGACAAAUAGUUGCACUGUUGAAACCAAGAAGUUCCCUUUUUGAGGCUGCUUACGUCAACUUUAAUUCGUCACCUAGUUGAUUGCUUGCCGAAACUCAAACCGACAUCUUACAGCACUGAAACAUGACAAGAUUUGCAUUUGAUAAUGACAGAAUAAGGACAUGUUACACAAGAAUGUGGUCAAACUCCUUGUAUAUGUUGGGAAUGGGCCUUAUUACUGAUUGUCAAAGCACACGGAGUGAAUGUAUGCUUAUUAGGAAUGUAUUAGUUAAAUUACGGUAACUUAAAAUUUGAACAUCAUAUUAUUUAUUGCUUACUGUCACAAUGCAACGUUUGUUGUAGUUUUGAACGGCUCUAUUAACUACUAGUGGAUUUAAAUGAUAUUAAAUUAUUUGAACCAUUUUAAAA